UCCCCAGCCCCCCUCUUCUCGGCCCCCUGCCCCGGUCGGGGGGGGGGGGUUGUCACCCACCCGGUGCUCCCCGGGGAGGGCGGCGGCCGGAGCGGCCGCGCCUCUCCUGCGAGCCCGGGGAUGCGCGGCCUAGUGCAGGCCGGGCCCGGGCGUGGGGAAGGCGGGCGGGCGGACCCAGAUCCGGGGUAAUUUGCAUCGCCCUCCCCCCAGUCCGGGUGGGGAUUGGCCGCCGGCGGCGGGGGGUGGCGCGGAGCCAGGCUCACUGCCGUCUCCCGGCCCCUCGGAGGAAGCCUGCCCUGCCGCCGCCGCCGCCGCCGCCGCCGGGGCCGGGCCCCCUCGCCGCUGACCCGGGAAGGAGAGGGAGAACCCUGAGAGACCCAGAUGGGGCAGUGGCUCUGGGCAUGGUAGGCAGGUCUCGGCGCGGAAAAUGGCCGGCGGCGUGGACGGCCCCAUUGGGAUUCCGUUCCCCGACCACAGCAGUGACAUUCUGAGUGGGCUCAACGAGCAGCGGACACAAGGCCUGCUGUGUGACGUGGUGAUCCUGGUGGAGGGCCGAGAGUUUCCCACGCACCGCUCCGUGCUGGCGGCCUGCAGCCAGUACUUCAAGAAGCUGUUCACAUCAGGCGCCGUGGUAGACCAGCAGAACGUGUACGAGAUUGACUUCGUCAGUGCCGAGGCGCUCACAGCUCUCAUGGACUUUGCCUAUACGGCCACGCUGACUGUCAGCACAGCCAACGUGAGUGACAUCCUCAGUGCUGCCCGCCUGUUGGAGAUACCCGCCGUGAGCCACGUCUGCGCCGACCUCCUUGACAGGCAGAUCCUGGCAGCCGAUGCGGGCACUGAUGCUGGGCAGCUGGACCUGGUAGAUCAAAUUGAUCAGCGAAACCUCCUCCGUGCCAAGGAGUACCUCGAGUUCUUCCAGAGUAACCCCAUGAACAGCCUGCCCCCCGCAGCCGCUGCUGCAGCCGCCGCCGCCGCCAGCUUUCCAUGGUCAGCCUUUGGCGCAUCUGAGGAUGACCUGGACGCCACCAAGGAGGCCGUGGCUGCAGCUGUGGCUGCCGUGGCUGCAGGUGACUGCAAUGGCUUGGACUUCUAUGGACCUGGCCCCCCGGCUGAGCGGCCCCCAGCCGGGGAUGGGGAUGAGGGCGACAGCAACCCGGGUCUGUGGCCAGAGCGGGAUGAGGAUACCCCUGCAGGGGGCCUCUUUCCACCCUCCGUGGCCCCUCCAGCUGCCACACAGAACGGCCACUAUGGCCGGGGUGGGGAGGAGGAGGUCUCACUGUCAGAAGUAGCCCCAGAAGCAGGGGACUCUCCUGGCUUCCUGUCGGGAACAGCUGAGGGUGAGGACGGCGAUGGGACCGAUGCGGACGGGCUUGCGGCUAGCACACUGCUACAACAGAUGAUGUCGUCGGUGGGCCGGGCGGGGUCAGCGGCGGCGGGGGACAGCGACGACGAGUCGAGGGCAGACGACAAGGGUGUCAUGGACUACUAUCUGAAGUAUUUCAGCAGUACCCAUGACAGCGACGUCUACCCGGCUUGGUCACAGAAGGUGGAGAAGAAGAUCCGGGCCAAGGCCUUCCAGAAGUGCCCCAUCUGUGAGAAGGUCAUCCAGGGCGCUGGCAAGCUCCCGCGGCAUAUCCGGACCCACACCGGUGAGAAGCCCUAUGAAUGCAACAUCUGCAAGGUCCGAUUCACCAGGCAGGACAAGCUCAAGGUGCACAUGAGGAAGCACACAGGUGAGAAGCCGUACCUGUGCCAGCAGUGCGGGGCAGCCUUCGCCCACAACUACGACCUGAAAAACCACAUGCGUGUGCACACCGGCCUGCGGCCCUACCAGUGUGACAGCUGCUGCAAGACCUUCGUCCGCUCCGACCACCUGCACAGACACCUCAAGAAAGACGGCUGUAAUGGCGUCCCCUCACGCCGUGGCCGUAAGCCCCGAGUCCGGGGCGGGGGGCUCGGGGGACCCGACCCUGGCCCUGGGGCCACUGCACCGCCCAGCGCCUCCGCCCCACCUGGCUCCCCCGAGGCCCGGCGCAAUGGCCAGGAGAAGCACUUUAAGGACGAGGACGAGGACGAGGAGGAGGCCAGCCCUGAUGGCCUGGGCAGGUUGAAUGUAGCGGGUGCUGGUGGAGGGGGUGGUGAUGGGGCCGCUGGGAACCCUGCCGACGGCAGCUUCGCGGCUGGACUCGCCUGAAAACCAAAAAGAGAAAACAAACCUGAGAGAGAGAGAGAGGAGAGAGAGAGAGAAAAUCACCCACCACCCCCCAAAAAACACAAAAAAAUCUAUCUAUAUACAGAUAUCUAUAUCGAUAUAUAUAUAUACAUACAGAUAUAUAUAUAUGAAGCAUCACAAGAUCUAGGAUAGUGCUUUUCUCAGAUUUUUCUCUUUCAUGAAGUUCUCUCCCUCCAUGGGAACUCUUGCCCUCCACCCCCAACUCCCCUUUCCCUCCACCCCGUCCAUGGGUUUCGGGGCUUGGUUUGGGGUUUGUGGGACACGGGUUCUGAGUCCCCCCCACCCACUGGGCGCCCCCAGCAUGGGGUCUGGGAUUCCAUUCGAGACCUGGGCAGGGUCCCAGGUUCCGGGCAGGGAUGAGGGCUGCUGUGGGGGGGAGGGGGCGAGGCAGGACUGGGGUGGGCUUUAGUUUUUCUCCCCUUGCUGGUUUCUAUGAGUCUUUCAGACAAGACCUUAAAUGAUUUCUGUCCGCUGUGAGCGGACGUUAAAAUGGUCCCUGAACCUACCCCCACCCUCCUUCCUCAGGGCACUUAUUAAGUGGGGGUCUUCCCCCUCGAUCUCCCCCACAGCCUCCUUGCCUCCUAUCCUUGUCUGUGGUCCCCUGUAUCUCCUGGCCACUGCAACACAAACCUAUUUAUUUCCAGGUGUGGAGAAAGGGGAGAAGACGGGAAGAGGGGGCACCAGGAUGGCUCCCAGGGGCUUCUGUUGCCUUCCUUCAUGGCACUUAAAACCCAGUGGGGCACCCAGGGGCCACCUCUCAGAGUGCCCCCAUCAACUCUGUCUGUGUCCCCUGACCCAGGUCAUUCAGACCCCCAUUUAAAGUUUGGAGAUUUAAAACUUGUCUUCACCCCCUCCCCACCUCUCCCCUCAGCCCUCUUCCAAUUUUUUAAAGCACUUUUUAGAUUGUUUUCCCCUCUUUUCCUCCAUAAAAACAAAAUUUAUAUAUAUAUAUAUAUAGAAAGAGAGAGAGAUAUAUAUAAGAUAUAACUUUUCCUCAGAGGAGCAGACAACAGUGUGGGUGAGACAGCCAAGGGCAGGGGGAACCCAGGGUCUUACGGUGGCAGGGAAGAGGGAGAGAAGCGUCCAGAAGUUCCAAUGUCACAAAAGCAAUAAAAAGAUUUUACAAAACGAAAGGAAACAAAAACAUGACAACCAACCCCAAUAGAAGUCUCGGCACUUUGUAACAGAACGGGUACUAUACUUUAUCUUAAUUUAAAAACAUGUUUACAAGUUGCAACCAACUUCUAUGAAAAGUUGAAAAGACAAAAAAAAUAAAAAGAGAGAGAGCGAGUGAGCGAGAGCGCAAAAAGAUUCCUAAAAGCUGAUUUAUUUUUGUACAAAAUAAUAAAAAAAAAAACCCACCACAGAUGUAGAAUCCAAUUCUGUGCCCCAGGCUGAAGGGAGUCAGGAAGGCCAUGGGGACGAGGGCGAGGCCAAGGUUUUCGGGGUGAACCUGCUUCACCAGGGGGCUUGCCUGGCCGGCAGGACUGGGGUUUUUGUAUUUCUGCCAUGUCCCCCACUCCCUCCCAUUCUGUCCCUUUUUUGGUUCUGAUUUAGCGAUGUCUCAUUACCCACUGGCCAUACAAUGGCCACCCAUGUCUGUGGGGACCCUCCUUACUGACUUCCUAGCUCAGGGAUGGGCCCAAGAGAGGGCUGGCCUUUCAACCAGCCAGAGCAGUCCAGUUCCCCCAACCUCCCUCCCUCCUUGCUGUUCCCCCAUCCUCACCACUUACUGGCUUCCCGCCUCUCCUUGUGGCCACUGAGGAGCUGCCAUCUUGGAUAUGCCAUCCCCUUUGAGGUGGGUGACAGGAGGCCCCACCUCCAGGGCCUUACACCCCCCAAAGCACCCCUCUUUUUACUCAAAGGCACUGACUGUCAUCUGGGGGCUGGCACCUGGCUCCCCAAAGGCUCGGUGUUGACCGAGCCACAGGCCACGGAUGGGGGCCAGGGCAGGGAAACCAUGUUACCAGAGGCCAGGGCACCUUUACCCUCUCUUGCAUAUGCAACGCCUAGUGUGGGACCCUGUAUAUAGACACAUCCUGCUGAGCUGAGAUCCUUCCUCCUCAAUGCCCAAGGUCGGGGGUAGGGUGCCCCUGCUCCCUCCUCUAGUCGCUGGCCCGUCUCCUGGUACCCUUUUGCUCUGUGACAAACCCCAUCUUCUUAUCUCCUUUUUCAUUUUCUUUUUUUAAAGGGAAGCUUUUUAAAAAGGCAACUUUCAUCAUUGUUUCUACAGGAUAGGUUUCGUCUCCUCCCGGCCUCCGCCAGCCCCCCAAAUGUCUCAGGAACCCCCCCUCCUGAGGGGGGUGGCAGGGGAGCCCAGGGCCAGGUGGCCUUGUCAUACCCCAGCAUCACAGGGCGAGAUUCAGAGAACCAUCUGUGGAGGCCAAGCAGAGAGCUUGAGCACCCAGGCCAGGGACUCCCCCCGCCCCCCCCCCCGCCCCGCCCCCAGCUUCCAGAGGUUCCCUGAGGGGUAAGCCCUCUUCCCCUACCCACACACCUCCUUGCAAUAAAACCAACUGAAAAAUCACAGCCGUCGUCCUGGCCAGUGGGGGUGACGACUUGGGGAAUUGAGGCCUCUGGGACUAUGGUGGGGGCAUGGGCUGAACCCCGCCAAGCACACUUUAACACAAAGCUCCUUGGGAAUUGCACUAAACCCCUACCCCUAGCUCUGCACCCAGCUUUCACCAGCCCUGCCCACCCAUUUCGCCUUAACCCCUAUUCUGCUGCCCGCCAGUCUGUCCCGGGGGCCACAGCCUCUGCAUGGGCCCAGAGCCGGGACACCCACCCACCCGGCCCAGCCCCCUAACUCUGCGCAAUCACAUACUGUAUAUAGAUGUGGAUCGAUUUUAUUUUUAUUCUUUAAAUUAAGGUUGUGAUAAAGUGUUGCCAAAGAUACUGCUGAAUUCUCGCGUUUCAGGAAACAAAUAUUUGAGGGGGAACGUGCUGACUGGUCGGAAAGGACACAGCAAAAGUGUUUUUGUUUGGUUGUUUGGGGUUUUCUUUGGUGUUUUCUUUCUUUGGGGUGUUUUUUUUAACUGCCUGGUACAAAAAAAAAAAAGACAAAGUGAAAUUGUUAUUUCCAUCAUCUUGGUGAAAUUGUGUGGAUGUGUGUGUGCGCAUGUGUGCGCGAGUGAGGUCUAGGCUGGGGACUUCUGAUGGGGGCGGGGGGCGGGGGGCGGGGGGGCUUGGGGGCAGGAGUAGUGGGCCUGGCAGGAUGGGGGGCCCUGAGCCCCCACCUGGAUCAGUCUCCAGCCUGCCAGACUGGGAGAGAGAGAUAAAUGUUCUUGCUGCUGCUCCCUGCCUAGUCCCCCACCCUGACCCUGACCCUGCCUUUUGAGAUUAAAAGAAAAAAAAGGCAAAAAAAAAAUUAAAAUUAAAAACCAGUGAAUGUAAAGUGCCGGACCAGGCCCAGCCUGGCAUGGGUGUGGGCCUGUGCCCAGCCGGGCUCCAGUGGGCCAUACCAAAGCCUGCCCCCUCGGGCAGCCCACCCGGGAGACCCCAUGUGGCCAUCUCGUCACCCUGUUUAUACAGGGCUGUCCCUCUGCUUCCUUCCGAGGGGGGUUCUCAGGUUGGAAGGGAGGGGCCCCCAGCUCCCACCUGGGUCUUCUGGGGAGUCUGCACUACUGAGACCCAUCAGCUGUGUCGCACAUGGUGGGACCGAGGCAGGGGCCAGGGCCCCCAGAACCGAGGCCAUCCAGGCAGCCAGGAUUGUAGGAGGCAAAACAGAGACUGAAAGGAAAAAAAAAAUUAAAACCAACAAAAAAAGCAAAAAUCCUAUUUUUUGAGAAAGAAAGAUAUUUAUAUUUGCAGUUUUAUUUUAAAAAAGUUAUUUAAGCUGAGGAAGCAGCCUUCCUGGAAUGGUGGUGUUGGCCGGUGCACGACGGGUCGGCCUGGGUCUUGGGCACCCAGGAGUCAUAACCUCAGAGUUUAGACUAUCUCGCACUAAAUAUAUAAAUUUACAUGGAGGUGGGAUGGGGGCAGGACCAGGAGAUGGGGCUGGGGAGACCCCCAUCCCACGGCCAGGGCUGCCUGGAGGCCAACGGCCAGGGGUCCUGUGCCAGGUACCCCCCAACCCCACCCAGGCCCAGACAUGAGGUGCCUUGGACUUUGGGGGACCAGGCCUGGUGAAUGGGGAGUUGGCGGUGGCGCCCCUGGGGGCACAGAGCACAGACAUUCCAUAGACUGUAUUUGAGAGUCUUUAUAAAAUGUGGGAGAUCUAAAAAAAAUGGUAAAUAUGCACUUUUGGGGGGUGGGGGGAGAAGCUUUAAAAGUAAUAAAAACAAAAAGACAAAAGGUGAAAACAAAAAUCAUUUUUCUUGUACAUAAAAAAAACCACUAAACGCAGCCUGUUACGACCGCUGCUGCCUCAUUUGCUUGA